CGUGCGCUCGUUUGGUUCGCGUUGAAUUUACGUCGAUCCGAGUGAAACCUCCUCCGACUUUCGCGCAAACAUUAGAAUCAGCGACACCGAAAUCCAAUCGGCCGGGUUAUCCUUGAAGUUGUCUGCUCAUCGCCGAGGGAAAAAUAUGUCCAGUGAACUUAGAUUAUUACUUUUGAGUGGCUUCCUGCUGAUGUUCUCCAGCCAUCUUGCUGUGGCAACCAUUUCCGCGGAAAAUACAUCCGAUUUCGAGACGGUUCGUACGAGCAACGCGGCUAUCCUAAAUCGACUCGGGCUCGCGCCUCUUCAAAUACCCGACGGGCAUCACAAGAAGCGGUUAGCCGGGCCUGAACCACCGGGACUCAGCUCGCAAACGCGUAUACAUCAGCCUUACAGUCGUCGUCACGGUCACCGCGACAGUCACAUUUACAUCGUGAAGCUUCCGGCCAGUCCGCCGUACUAUACCAUUACGAAGCCUCACAAAUCUGUCAACGAUGAUAAAGUGACCAAGACUGGGCCGAGCUUUCCGGUGGGAUUUCAAGGGAAUGGCAAGCCCGCCAAGAUUUAUCACUGGAAUUUACCGGUCGUCAAGAAAAUGACGGAGAAGAAGCGUCUCCAGCUGAAUCAAUUGAUUAUGGACCAGGCGAGAAAGGGUUUGGACGAUACGAGGAAACGCCAAAAAACGUCCUCCACGAAAGCCAUAAUGAACAAACUUUAUCCCUUCGAUGCGACCAGCAAGAAUAGCGAAUAUCACGCCGGCAACGAUAAGCUUCAUUCUUACCAAAAACCACUAAUGGCCAAACACGUGAGGAACAACGACAAGAGGCUUACCUACCCGGACAAUAACAAUUUCAAGUUCGAAUUGACGAAGAAAAGCGACGACAAGGUAUACAGACUGGACGAUUUGAAGGUUCAGCACAGGAUCCAUCUGGCUAACGAUUUCCACGGGUCGAAAAACGCCAUGAAGAUGAAGAAGCAUCGAAAGAAAGCCGCGUCCUAUUACGCGCCAAUUUCCAUCAAGACAGGUUCUACCAGCAUCCACAAAAAUUUCCCCGGAAAUGGCAAACCUAAGGCUUUUUACAUUAUGGAGAAAAGUCGCAAACCAGUGUACUAUCAUCCUCUCCUACCUUAAUCCUUGACUGUUCGUGUAAUUGUGCACAAUCAUGUAACGUGUUAAGUGGCCCGUGAGCCUCUGUUAGCCUAAGUAGACGCGUAUAAUACUCUGUUUGUAUAGGAUCAGGGGUCGCCGUUCGAAUAGAGACAACGAUGAAGAGAAGACAAGAGAGAGAGAGAGAAACAGAGACUUUCAUACUUAUACCGCAUAUGAUAGUUCUUAUUUAAGGCCACGUGCAUUUUGCUGUUCCAGCUUCUGUUAUAGAUGUAUAUCGUUAUCAUUUUUUUUUUACUUAAAAAAUCUAUCGAUAAGUAAAUGUUACACAAAUGCAAUGAAUCUCAUUAUCGUAGCUUGUCGAUAAUUCAUUUUUUUAUAUACAGAGUGUCCCAGAUCACCCGCACACCCCUUUUGAAAUGAAAAUAAAUGGCUUUAAAAAAUCGCGAAUAAUUUUUAAGUAAAUCGGGUACGUUCUAUCAAAUGGUGAUGUUUUCAACUUUUGAUUCCGACCGGAAAUACGCCAUCCGGAUCGGAAGUUGAACUUUUUUAAGGGAACAUGGUACUUUUUAUUACAGAUUCGAAUUGUACGUCAAAACACAAGAAACUUUUGUAUCAAACGUUUUUUCUAAAAAUGCCUCUGUCAAUC